AUGGAACUAAAUAAUGGUGAUAUAAACUCCCGACCGAUCAUUUUAAAAUGCUUACAUUGGUCCGAAGAUAAUCAAAUUUCUGUGGUUUCUCCUCCAGGAGUUUACAUUUUUACUCCAUUAUAUAAAGGACGAGAUAUAAGAGGAAAUGGCACUUGUAUACGAAGUGCAAUAGUUUCUUAUUUUUCAGCAAAACUUAUGAAAGGUUAUCCAGAAACAUUUCGAUGUUUUACUUGGUCUCCACUUGAUCCCUCUUCAUCAGCGAGAUGGAUUGAAAUAGGACAUGAUCAAUUUACAGGAUCUGACGAUGGUUCAGUUUGUUUAUGGAAAGUAAUUUUAACUUUAUUUCGAGUAAUAUCUUCAGGAAUUGAAUCAGUGAAAACCGAUAUUUCAGUAUCAUUAUAUAUGAAAUUAUCUGACGAAGAUCGUCGAGUGGCCACAAUUAUAAAAUGGUAUUAUGAAACAAAAGAAGAUUAUUGUUCACGUUUGGCAAUUGCAAAAGGUCUCAAAAUAUAUGAAAGAAAGUCACUUUUAAAUAUUGAACAUGAGAGACCGAAAACUUUUAUGUUACCUUUAUCUAAAGGAAUAGUGGGAAUAAAUUGGAAUUAUGAUGGAAAACAGUUAAAUGUUUUUUUAAAUGAAGGAAAUCAUAUAACAUUAACAAUACCUGAGAAUAAUUCUGGAGAUGAAAACGAUAAUAUUAAUGAAUCUGGAAAUGGACUUUUUUCUGCUGUAGUUUUUAUGUUAGAAUCUCCUGAUGAUCAAUAUAUUACAGAUAAAUUUGAAUUUUCUUAUACCACCUUUGUUCCAAUUGAAGAGCAACGAAAUAAAGAUUUGGCAUCUUCUUUAGUCAAAAUAUUUAAAGAUCGUUUAGAAGAUGGUUAUCUUUUGGAUAGAAUGUCCAUAACAUAUUUACUUUGGGAUGUACUUGAAUAUUGUAAUCUUGAAAAUGAAUACGAAGUCAAGAAUUCAUUGUUUUAUCAAUUGGUUCAAGCUUGUUGGGACUUUUAUUACCAGCAUAAAACAACAACUACUACUAUUUCGGUAAAUUUAAUUUCAUUAAAUGAUAAUAUGACAAAAGUUCUUGUAUAUCUUUAUAGCAAUACUGCAAAAUUUCGAAAGGAAUUAGAACCUUCUUUUACUGAUUGUCUGAAAAAAAUAGAGCAACACUUUUUAUCACAAUUAUUAUCUAUAAUUGUUCAAUGUAUACAGAAUGGUGUCAGUUCAAAUGAAGCAUUGGAUCAAUCAUUUAUAAUACAUUGGUGUGAUUGGAUACUUAAAUAUUUUCCUGAAGACAAUAAUUUAAUUAAAUUAGCAAAAUUUUGUUAUGAAUAUUUAAGUUCAUUAGAUGAAACUUGUAGAAUCUAUGGUAAUCUCGAAUCUGAAAAAGAAUUAAUAUCUUCUAUAAUGGAAUCAUCACCAUCUUCUUCUUCUUCUAUGAUGAUGAUAACAACAACAACGACUAAUAAAUCUACUAAAAAAGUGAAUUUACCUUCAAGAGAUUUAUGUCCUGCUUGUAUUUGUAAUAAAGGACACAUUUGGGAUCUUUGUUCAUUGACAUUAAACAUCAUUUCAAACAAAUAUGUGAGAUCUUGUAGUUUAUGUAAUCGAAAAACAAUUACCAUCUCACAUCUUUUUAAUAAUGAACCAACAAUUUUUGUUAAAGCCAUUUUUGCGGCUUGUGAAAAAUGUCUUUAUUGUGGAAGUAGUUUUAUAUUUCGUUGUUAA